AUGACAAUGGAGAAUGCAUUGGAGACAGCACGUCUUGUGACGAUUUCUACUGCAGCCGUGAUUUCAUCCGUUGUAGCAGUUGUGCUUUAUCGAAGGAUACCAGACGCAGGCUAUGAUAUGCGAUAUAGAGGCAGAGGACGUAGUAGAAAGCCACCAUUGCCACCACCACAUGCAACAGGCCCUGCGCUUUAUUAUGCAGUCAUCAUGACAGACUGGUUGUUUUCCGUGACAGGAGCUGUAAGUCAAUCGAUGGACAUGGUUAUGGGCAAUGGCGUCAAGGUGCGGACGGUUGUUGGAGCCAGUAUUGUGUCUCUUUAUCACGUGAGUUUUCUGGUAUCACUGCUUUGGGGCGUCGUACUGGCGAUCUUUGUUUUACGAACGCAUCGUUGCGUGCGCGGUCACGAAGCCAUGAGCCCACCAAUGAAGGGAUUCCCCGUGCGGUUAAGCUGGCUCACAAUUUGGACUAUUGGGCUUGGUUGCGGCUUGCUGUCCACGGCGCGUCUUCAAGCUCAUGUCACUGGCAGCGACAUCACGAACGUUCUAGCCAAGUGCCAGCAUUACUUGUUUAUUUCGGUUUAUGUACUAUCAGUAGGCUGCAUCAGUGCGGCCAAUAUUGUAUUGUAUUUGCAGAGAAAAAGACAAAACAACGGCGUGGAGAUGGUUUGCAACCCCACUACUGUAGCAACAGAAGAGUCAAUUGGGAACAGUCCGCGUCACGCAGCAUUAGUGUCGACGAAGACAUGGGAGCUGGAAGCGCAACAGGCUCUACGAGUAGCGCACGAGAAGCUUAUGCACUACUUUGUUGUAGUACACGUGCUACAGUUCCCUAUCAUGUUGUGUUAUUUCCUUGGGAAGGAGGUAGUGAGCUAUACUAUGUACGAGGUGGCAAACUGCUUUUUAUUCAGCGUGCCGUUGUUUAACGCCAUCGUGUUUGGCUGGAGGCAUGUGGGAGAAGCAAGAUUACCUUUAGACGAAGACGAACUACGUCACAACCAAACGAUUCUGCAGUUUAGCAGCAAUAGCUCACGAUAUGGAGAAAGACAGCGAGAUCGCAUAGGGACAGGACUCUUGGCUGGUAGCGGCAACAAUGGUGUUGCUAAUGUAUUAGCUUCGUCAUAUCGGACCGUCUUUGGAAGCAGUGCUGUGAUUAGUAGCAAUGCUGGAAAGGAAUCGACGAAAAACACUCAUGUGGGCGACGAGGUGGUGGCUCUUGAGGAGCUGAAUGGUCUCUCGAACGUGUCGUAUAUUGCUGAAGGUGCAGCUGGUAGCGUGUUUAAGGCACAUUGGUUGGGGAUUGAGGUAGCUAUGAAAGUCAUAAAGCUACCCAAUGGGGGUAUAGGAAAUGUGGCGGAUGCGGAACUUUAUCGCACGAUCAUUCAGCAUUCGGAGGAAGCGUUUAUCGAAGAGGCAAAGUUGUGCUCCCGUCUGCGCCAUCCAAACAUCACGUUGUUCAUACGCGCCGGAUACUUUGAAGGUAAACUGGGAAUUUUGACUGAGUAUUGCUCACGCGGUAGUCUUAAAGACGUACUUAAGCAUCACUUCUCUCUUAGUUGGCGGCGCAAGGUGGCGCUAGCCCUUCAUGUUUCAAAAGGUCUCACCUACUUGCACGCGCGCAACCCUACGUACAUCCACCGCGAUCUCAAGGCCUCUAACAUUCUGGUCACGGAGACUUGGCAAGCGAAGUUGGCAGAUUUUGGAAUUUCGAAGGUGUCAAAUUUUGUCAACCGCGUGCGAUAUAGUGAGCGCACCAUCAGCUUAGCCGAGCAGAAUCCAAGUGUGUCAGAUGAACUUACAUCGUUCGCCGGAACGUGGCGCUGGAAUGCCCCUGAGAUUUUGAAGGACCCGCACAACUGUCGGUACAGUCGUGCAACAGAUAUGUACUCGUUCGGUAUGGUGUUGUGGGAAAUUGCGUCCGAUGGUGCUGUUCCCUUUAGCGACACCAAGUUUGACUUUGAAGUCCGCCAAAAGGUGCUUGAGGAGCAGCGGCCACCACUUAAUCCUGGACAAUGUUGCCCACAGCGCUUUGCUCAGCUAAUCGAGGAAUGUUGGGCACAGGAUCCAAUCCAUCGUCCGUCAGCACCCGAAGCCGCUGAGAUUCUUAACACGAUUUUGGACAAUAUGUCGAAGGACUCGGAUGAUUUUGCCACAAUGGCGUCAGUAUCUGGCUCCGAAUACACGAACAGCAUCUUUUCGUCCUUGCGAAAUGGCGACGGUACAUCUGACCUGGAUCACCGUCCUAGCUCUAUCUUGGGACAGCGUGUGACGAACUUUUUUCGCGGCCGGUUCUCCGUCCGCAGCAGCAGUGGCAGCUGGAUGAGCGAAGAGUACCAUGACCAUCAAGACAAUGAACAGUUUUACAAGUUCACAUCUCCGUAUGCUCGGCCAGAUAGCAUUAGUAUGCUGAGCGUUCAAAAUACGAAUGUGGAAUUGAGUCCAGCAAACCUCGAGUCAACGGGCCUCCCUAUUGUGGGGCUUCCGAGCGAUGGCCGACAGGGUGAUGGUCUGGUAGGAGGUCGUCUUUCAUCAUUGGACGAGUCCGACGUUGAAAUUGAGGGCAUUGCGUCCGAUGUGUCCACGAUGUACAGCAGAAAUUCGUCUGUUGGAGGAGCCUCCGUGUUACUGCCUUCCAGUCAGGUCAACUGCAUCAAAUGCAGGCAUGAAGAGGUCGGAGGGAGCGAUGAUUUUCGACGAAGCGAAGAUAAAGCUGAGUUUGCGCUUGGCGCUAAUGGUGGAAUAUGUCACCUUCAGUACUAG